UAGUAUCGGAUAGUAUGAUCGUGUAGAAUGGUGUUUGUGUUAGUGGAAACUCAAUUGAAAAAAUUGUCGUUUAUUAUAAUAUCGUACAAUCAUUACUAAAUGAACCAUAAUGACUUUAAUAAUUGUAUACCAACCGAUGAUCUUAUUUUGUUGGAAGACGAAGCGGAAGAUGAAAUGUUGGCAAGAGCUCUGGAAGAAAGCCUCAGGCACUGUAGUGAGGUGGAAAUACCACUUAGACAUUCUGAAAGUCGUAAUGGUGAGAAUGAGUCUGGGAGUCCAGGAACAAGUCGAGAUAGUGCUGCAUUUUCCAGUGCAGUGAAACUUCAGAUGCAUUCUCCAUCACAGCCACUUUUGUACAAAGGAAAAGAUGCAGAAGGCUUUGAUCUUUCAGCUGGACGCAGUUGGAUAUACCCCACAAAUUAUCCUUUAAGACAGUACCAGUAUGACAUUGUCAGCAGCUGUUUGUUCAAGAACACAUUAGUCAGCUUGCCCACAGGUCUUGGUAAAACUUUCAUUGCUGCUGUGGUGAUGUACAACUUCUAUCGCUGGUUUCCACGAGGGAAGGUAAUUUUUAUGGCACCCACUAAACCACUAGUACAUCAGCAGAUUGAAGCAUGCUACAAAGUAAUGGGUAUACCAAAGGAAGAUACAGCUGAGAUGACAGGUUCCAUGUCUCCUGGAGAGCGAGCUGUUGCCUGGGAGAUGAAGCGUGUCUUCUUUUUGACACCACAAGUUUUGACAAAUGAUUUAACUUGUGGACAGUGUCCAGCUGCUAGCAUUAAGUGUGUUGUGGUUGAUGAGGCUCACAAGGCUCUGGGGAACCAUUCAUAUUGUCAAGUGAUGAAGGCUUUGUGGCCAUUCAACAACAAGUUCCGUGUGUUGGCUCUGUCAGCAACCCCAGGAAGUGACAUGCAGGCUGUUAAGCAGGUGGUGAGAAAUUUGAUGAUAUCACAUGUUGAACUUCGUAACGAAGCGUCUCCUGAUGUAGCAGUUUUUACCCAUAAACGCAGAGUGGAGACUAUUGUUGUGUCCCUAGGAACAUAUCUAUCAAGUGUUAAGGAACGUUUUAUGCUGAUACUUGACAGAUAUCUGAGUUUCUUGAGAAAACAUAAAGCCCUGUGUGGUAGUAUGAAAGAGCACACCAAGUUUGGGGUGCUGAAAGCCAGAGACACGUUUCGUCAGAAUCCUCCAUCUGGCAUACCACGAGGGCAGUUUGGAAUCAUUGAAGCAAACUUUGCUGUUUACAUAACUUUGUUACAUUCUUUGGAGUUACUCUCGCUAUAUGGUCUGCGCUCAUUUCUGAAGUUUUUACAGGGAGUGUUACAUGAAAAUCGAGGUAAGGCAGUGGUUCAUACAUAUCUAAAGAAUGAUGGUGAAUUGGAGAAGUUGCUGGAUGAACUGAGGGAGAAGGUUGGUCCAGACAACCAAGCAGAACCUGAGCCUGAUCAAUCCAUGGCAGUUCCACCCAGUGGACUAGAAUCAAUGGCAUGUGUAUACUCACAUCCAAAGGUGGAGAAGGUACAAGACAUUGUGGUGGGUCACUUCAGAAGUUUCCAGGUGAAGAAUAUUGUCACCCGAGCCAUGAUAUUCUGUCAGUAUCGCGACAUUGUUAUUGAAGUUUACCAGAUCCUGAGAAGGCACCAUCCUUUAGUUAAACCAAUGACUUUUGUGGGUCAGUCAUCAGCUGGAAAACAAUCUAAAGGCUUCACUCAAAAACAGCAGCUUAAGGUAAUGCGCAAAUUCAAGGCAGGGGGCUAUAACACCCUCAUCUCUACUUGUGUAGGGGAAGAAGGUCUGGACAUCGGUGAAGUUGAUCUCAUUGUGUGCUUCGAUGCUCACAAGUCUCCUGUUCGGUUAGUGCAGAGGAUGGGUCGCACUGGUCGCCAGCGUGAAGGUCGCAUUGUGAUGCUCGUUACUGAAGGCAAGGAGCAUGAUAAAUUUAAGGCAAGCAUGUACCAGAACCAAACAAUGACCAAGAAACUUCUUGAAGGGAAUCAUAUUGCAGUACACAUGUAUGAAAAUAACCCAAGAAUGAUCCCACCAGGAAUUGAACCUCAGUGUCACCGUAUGUUCAUGACAGUCUGUACCACUGAAGAGACACAGGUGAAAAAAGUCAAACAGAGGAAUCAGGAUAUUCGAAAACUGCUGGUGAAUCCAAGUGGCACUAAAGUAAUGGGGCUAAGAGUAAAUGAAGGAAGUUCACCAUACUGCACAGAGGAUGAGCUGGUCAAAUUCUGGGAUGGGAAAUCAGUAACAGUCCCUGCAUUUGAUAGAUUUCGAGACGUAGAGGAACUACAUGGAAAAGAAGGACGCGAGCUUUGCGAGGCUUUCAACAAGGACUUUGUUGCCUGCAAGCAUGGUGACUCCCGGAAAUUUGACCUUGGCAAGUGGUUGCAGUGGCAGCAGACUUUGCAACCUGCUGUGUUGGUGGAACACACGGAUGACUCUAGAAUGCUAAGUGAGCUUCUGCAGUAUGCUGAGAACAAGCAGUGUCAAAUGGUGCCCACACAGACAACAGGUCUGUUGUCCCAGGUAAACACCAGCUUGUUGUGGCCAAGAAAAAAGAGUAAAGGUAGACGUCUUCUAAAGCAAAGUGCUACAUCUUCUGUUUCUGAACCUAAAAUGUGUGGAAAGAAAGAUGAAGUUGCAGCUGUGUCUGUUUCAAAUGCAAAAGAGAACUCUGCUUCGUACCACUUGCAACCUGAAGCUGCUGUCAUAUCAAGCCGUUCUCCAUUACUUCAGACAACAGCAGAGAUUGUGGAUAUAGAGACAGAUGAAAAACUAUCAAACACAGUAUUGAUAGAAAUACCUAAUGAUCAGAAUAAUAUUGCAGCAACAGCAGAGCAGAAAGCUGUUUCACCAAAGAAAGAUUUGACUAAUGAUGACUUAUGCUAUUUCUGCAAAAAUGCUUUAUUUUACUGCCAUCACAUAGUCUCUUGUAUAUCUACAAUUGAAAAUAACAGAGCAGAGAACAAAUGUUACAAGAGUCUUGAUCUGUGUGCUCUAAAUAAUUUCACUGAAGCUAAUGUGAUUGCAUUUGAUUUAAAGCAGCUCCUGAGUCCAUUUGAAGAUCAUAAUGUUGACACUUCUGUUGAGGAGGGAAAAAUUUCCAGUUACCAUGACUAUGAACAUGCCAGUGAAGUAAAGUCUCAAAAGGAUGAAAGAGACAUGAAACUUAACUUUAAUUUGGACUUCUCUGUCUUUGAACAUUACUUACUGGGGGAAGAAAUGCUUCCUGAAAAUCCUACUGGUAACUUUAAAUCUGAAAUGGCAGUUUCUAAAGUGGAUCACCAUAUUACAGAUGUAAAUGUAGGUCCUGGAAACAUACGCAGUAAUUCAGCUUUCCCAAAAAUUGAAAGCCCAGUACAACCUGAGAGAGAAAUUAAACCCAUGCAGGAAUCUUUUUCUAGUGUUUCAUUGGGCAGAUUAAGUAACACUGAACACACACCAAAGAGAAGUCGACAGAUGGAAACAGACUUUUCACAUAAAGAAACACCAAGUAACCUCUUAUUAUCGUCUGUGUCACCAAUUUUUGGUUCUGUGCUCAAGAAGCAUACACCAGAAUCACCAGUUCUUGGUUCUGUGCUCAAGAAUAUUUCUCAUAAUUCAACAAGGACAUUUCCAGUGUGCUCAACACCAAAAGUUCAUAAAAAGACUCUGUUUUCAGGAAAUGUAGUGUUGGACACUGUACAGGAAAAAGGAGGCGAUUUCACUUUAGGCAGUACCCAGAAUUUGAAAGUCAAGGGUGAUGGGUCUCUGAACACACACACAUUUCAUGGCUGUGAGGAGCCAUUGAAUUCACCUGUACCUGAGGUUCAAGCUCUACCAAGACCUAAUUUUGAUUUGUUGAGUGCUGCACAGGAUAUUGGAAUCCUGAAGCCUGGUUUUAAAAAUGUGAGGAAUGCAGACAGCUUUACAAACAGCACCAUGUACACUGUCACACAGAUGCUUGAUCUAGUUGAUAAGGAGCUGAACAUUGUUGAUGUUGCUGAGCCAGUAAAAAUAUGUAGAUCUGUCCAAGAUACUGUACCAUGCACAUUCACCGAAUCACGUGUUGCAGAAGGCAUUUCAGGGAAGGGUGAUAAAUGUUCAGAUACUGUAAACCAUGGCAGUAUGUCUAAUAUCACAUCCCUGGUUAGGAAUUCAACAAAAACGAUCACAUCAUCACUUUCAUCCCAUACAGUACAAAAUACACCAAUACAUUGUGAGCAGAAGUCAAAACAGACACACAGUUAUCUUCACGAUAGUGAUGAUGAUGUCUUUGUGAAUUUAGAUCUGGAUCAUAAUAUGUUCACCAAAUGUAAACAGAACACAUCAGUAAUAUCAGAGGUGCAUACUGUGGAUAAUAGUAUGGAAGUAGACACAGAUUUGCUAGCAAAUGGUGACAGAUCGCAGCAUGAAAUUGGGGAUGAUAUUGGUAAACAAGAAUUUGAUACUGAGGUCCCAUCACUUAUGUCUGCAGCACCUCAGAUUACAAAAGUAUCAAAAUAUUCUACUGUUGGCCAUAAUCAGGUGACCGCUGCAGUUUCAAAGCCUUCACUUUCUUGCUUAAGUUUAAAGCAUAAGGAAAAAGACUCUGCUAAGAUUACUUGCACAGGAAAUUCACUAAAAACUAUGGGAAGUAAGCCAAAUAUUUCAUCUAUAGAUCCAAAGACAAAUUAUGAUGAGGAAAGCCUGUCCAAUAUCAUUGGAGAUGUUACUGUGGGUGCAGCUGUGAAGCAGAAGGAAAUAAAUAGAAGUAUAUAUUCUGAUGGUCAGUUGGACUGGUGCAUCUCACUGAACAAUCAGAAGACAGUUCCAUAUGGCAGCAGUGUUGCCAGCAUUUGCAAAGCUUCAUCAGGUGAUGACUCACUAGUUCUGAAGCCUCUUGUAAGAAACAGAAAGACAAACAUCUCUUCCACAUCUAAUGAGAGUAGAGAUUUAUCUUCUUAUAGUACAAAGAGCAGAAUAAUAAGGCAUGAGAGAAUAAAGAAGAGCAAAUCGCUUCCUGUUGAAGACUCUCUUUGGUUGACAGCCAGAAAGAGUAAUCUGGACACAUUAACAUCAUCAUCAUCAUCAUCAUCAGAUAGCCCACAACUUAUUACUGAUGUAAAGAAACAUAACAGUUCUACUGGCAACAAAUCUGUAGUGAAAAAUGAUGGUGCAAUUUCUUCCGAAGAUGAUUCAUAUUUUCAGUCUCCAAGCUUGGUGAGACUGAAGAAGAGAAAUCAAAGCAAAAGUGCAGUUAAAACUGACAGAUAUAAAUGCCGUAGAAAAAGCACUCCUGUCAACAAAAAACCGAAGCAUGGUUUACCUCAUUGUGCCUUUGUGGAGAGUGAAGCUGAGGAAUCUGGUUCAUGCCUCUCUUCAUUUGAUGAUGAAGACACCAGUGGUUUAGAUAACUAUGACUCCAGUUUUGUUAGUGACUCUGGUGACCAGACACACACUGAUAUUCAGGCCAAGUUCCUGCAUUCCCUCAUACGAAGUCCGGGUAGUAGACAGGGUCAUUUCAAGAUGCCUGCAUAUAAGCCACCAGUACCACUGGAGGAUGUGUUCUCCCAGGUGGAAGCAGAAUUUGAGACGUCUUAUUUAGAGGAUUCAUUCUGUGUGAAUGAAGAACCACACAGUGAGAAGAUGGAAUCUUCAGUUCUUGAGGAAGCUGAAGCAAUAUUAGAAGCCAAGUCUAAGUGGAAGCGAAAGAGAAGAAAACGGAUGAGGUCAAGCAGUGCUAGUGAUUAUGGGGAAGGAACUAGUGGCAAUAAUAUUAAAUAUGAUGCAAGUAGGAGCAAGAAACGCCGUCUCCGGAUAGUGACGAUUGAAAGUUCAGAUAGUGAGAGCAGCAGUCAAGCUGUAAACAAAAUUUCCGUUGUUGUAGAGGUCCAUCAUCAGAAAGAAAUUCCAGUACCUUCACCCAAAAUACACGCAGAAACUGUAAACAAUGCUGGCAUUUCUGAUGUAGGUAAAUCAGAAACUGAAUUUGUGUACAAGAAAUCUAUUAGCUGUGGAGUCCUAGGUAAGAGUCCUGUUUCAACCAAACAGAGUGUUUGUAAGACCGAAACAGCGGCUGUAACUGAUGAAUUGAAUUGGAGUGAUUGGAAUUUUGACAGUCUUGAAUUGUCUUCAUUUAAAGAAGUCUUUGUAAAAAAAGAAAACAGGAAAUCUGUGAUCACAUGUAACAUUAAUGAAUCUAAAGGCGCUGAAUGCUUGAGUGUAGGUGAAGAGGGAAUGAUACCACCAGUUUUAACGUGUUCAAGGAAAUUGGUUUCUAAGGCUGUUCGUUCACUGAGUGCAGAAUUUGACAAGGAAGCAGUACCAACUGCAAUAUCUGGUGAUAGUGAUACAAGACAAUUGGCAUUUGUUGGUGCUGAUAAUUCUGUGUUAUCUGCACCAGGGAGCAGCAUUGCAGCAUUAUCACAGGAACAGCAAUUUAAAGUCUUGAGAACUACAGUAUUAGAGGCUGGCAGUAGUAGUUCCAAGACAGUCAUCAUGGCAACACGACAAGUGGCCAGUGCCCCGGAGAUUGCCACAGGCCUCCGUGCAGUACACAACAUUAAUGUGUUGGUUCGAUCAGUCACAGAAGCCGACUAUGUUAUCAGCUGGCAACUUGGUGUACUUCGAGUUAUGAUGUCAGACUUUCUACGAGCUUGUCCCAACAAGUCAGGACUUGCCGAGGCAGUGAGAUUGCUGCAGUCUGAGUUUGUGCAACCUGUUCUGGUGGCAGAGAAUGACAAACAUGUUCCAGUGUCUACAUACAGAGCAGUCUGGACCAAAGUGGCUACCACACAGUUGGCUUAUCUUCACCAGGCUGGAGUUUCUGUCCUCUAUUCUCAUGAUAAAGCGGACACUGCCCGUCUUCUGGCAAUGCUGUCUGAUUCAGAACAUAUGCAGAAUCGAGCCAUCAUUCUGCUGCCUAAGGACAUGGAAACUAUGGAGAGUCACAUCCGUUUCUACCAGAACCUGCCUGGUGUCAACAUCGCACUCGCUAUGCGACUUUGUCGCAUUUUCUCCUGUAUCAUGGAUUUCUUGGCCAGUUGCACCAAUGUGCAGAAGAUUCAAGAAGUACUGGGGCUGAAUUUUGAGAAGGCUGUUCGAAUUCAGCUAGUGUUGUGUCGCAUCAUGAAGCCAUGUGUUACUGAAUUUUGAAGAAGGUGCAGUUCUGCAGCCUGGUCCAUUAUUACAUUUAAUUGAUCAGUUAAACAUUCUAAUACAGUGCUUCAGAAAUCGGAAAAUUUUUAAAUCUGAUGAGAGUAAAUAAUUUCAAAAGCCUGAGUCUGUUCGUUCUUCCAUCAUUUAUGGAAAGGUAGCCUAUGUAUGAAUUGAACAACUUGAAUAUUAUUUUGUUUAAAUUUUA